AGAAGGGGGAGAGGUUCGGCAAAGUCCGGAAACGCUCGGGAAUGGCCGGAGGCGGCUUUUAAGGAGAGGAGCGGCUGCCGGCUCGCCUUGCCCCGCAGUCGCUCGGCGUGAGGCGACUCUUUCGAGUUAGGGCUGCUGCCUCGCCUGCCCGCCGCACCGUGAGGGGAAGGGGCGCGAUGCUGGCCGACAGCCUGGUGGAGGAAUUCGAGAUCCGUGAGGAUGAGCCGUGGUACGACCAGCAGGACCUGCAGCAAGAUCUUCACCUUGCUGCUGAGCUUGGGAAGACACUAUUGGACCGAAACACUGAACUAGAAGAAUCUUUGCAGCAAAUGUAUGCAACAAAUCAAGAGCAACUGCAGGAAAUAGAGUACCUCACAAAGCAAGUGGAGCUCCUGCGUCAGAUGAACGAUCAGCACGCCAAGGUCUAUGAGCAGCUGGAUGUCACAGCAAGGGAACUCGAAGACACUAAUCAAAAACUAGUUGUGGAGAGCAGAGCUUCACAACAAAAGAUACUCAGCUUAACAGAGACUAUUGAAAAUCUGCAAACACACAUAGAUGACCUGCAGCACCAAGUAGAAGAACUGAAGUCUGCGAGAGGCCGGAUGAGCCAUGAGAGAUCUGACCAACCAAGAUCAAUGCAUAGUUUCUCAUGUUUGAAGGAGCUGUAUGACCUUCGCCAGUAUUUUGUUUAUGAUCAUGUGUUUGCAGAAAAGAUUACUUCAAUGGAUAGUCAGUUAAGUCCUCUAGAAGAAGAAAAUGAGAACUUAAAAAAGGCAGUUACAGUUCUCCAAGCCCAACUGAACCAAGAAAAAGAGAAGAGGGUGACCAUGGAAGAGGAAUAUAGUCUUGUGGUGAAAGAAAACCGUGACCUUGAACAGAGACUUGUUGAUAUCGAUUUGUACCGGGCUCGUGCAGAGGAGCUGGAAGUGGAAGUAGCUGAAAUGCGACAGAUCCUUCAGUCUGAAAACACAUCUCAUAAUGCAGAGAAAUUGGUGCCAGAAUCCUUUUUCAUUUCAUUCAAGGAAUCUUUAGACAGGGAGCUUGUUCAGAGCCCAGCAGAUGAUGGACUUCUGACUGUGUCGGAGUUUGAGAAGAAGGCACUGAAACGGAGCAGCAGUGAAACUUUCCUAAGCAGUGCUGCAGGGGGAGACAUCCUAAGGGGCCAUGAAGAAACGUGUAUUAGGAGAGCUGAAGCUGUGAAGCAGAGGGGAAUCUCUGUGCUAAAUGAAGUUGAUGCUCAGUAUAAUGCUCUGAAAGUGAAGUAUGAGGAACUCCUGAAGAAGUGUCAAAUGGAUGAAGAUUGUCUGAAACACAAGGCUGUGCAAACACUGAAGCAGUAUUCCAAAGACCUAAAUGUGGGGAAUAGCCAGUAUGAUCUUCCAGCCAGCAACCAAGAAUUAACAAAUGUGGAGCUAAGUGACUCUCCCACAAAUGCUCUUCCUGAAUAUAAAGCUCUCUUCAAGGAAAUUUUUAGCUGUAUCAGAAAAACAAAGGAAGAAAUAGAUGAACACAGAGCUAAGUACAAGUCCCUCUCCUCUCAGCCCUAACACUGGACAUGCUGAUGACCCAUUUUUGGUUGAUGAUGGAUCUGUUUGUCAAGAAGGGGAAGGAAACUUCAUGCAAGAGACCCCUUACACUUCUGUAGUUCUUGAGCACUCAAAAUGAAUGUUAUGAAUUGGUUUGUAGAGCUGUAGUUAACAAGGUAGUUAGUUAAGUCUCCCCUUACCUACAUAGCAGUAGAUUAAUGUUGUUUAGCUCUUUCACACAAACUAGUGAUUGCAAAGCAAACAAACAUCAUAGCUUCAUACUGUACUACUGUUCCACACUACACUUACCUUUGGCCAGAGCUGUAACUGACACUAGUUUCCUUUAAGAGCUAAGAAACCUGUACUGUACUCUCAAGGAACCAGACUAAAAGCUUUCCUUUGGUUUGCAGGUGGUGAUCUAACCUUGUAACUACAUUUGUGUAGAAAAUUAACAAAAACAAAGCCUCUGGGCAGUGUCACAGGCAGCCUUUUCUUGAGAAUGAAGUUAGCAAAUCUUGCUGAACUUGCUUUGGCAGGGAGGUGGAGAGCUGGCACAGCAGCCUGUGCUAUGCUUGGUUUUAAGCUAAUACCACGUUUUUCACGUGCACUAAGCUCUGUCUUCCUACUAAGAAAGGAUUUGAUGUAAAGUUUGCUGGGCUUUUUAGGUAUGGUUUCUUAUGUAGGGCACUUUGUCUUAAGGCAGGAUAAUACUGUGAAUUGAUAAUGUAUGGUAUUUGGGAUCUGCUGUUCUUCGUGGAAUGUCUGCAAAGUACAUUUUUGUGUGUGUUUGGUAAGAUAGAAAGUUGCAAUUUAGCUGUUUAGUAUUAGCAUUGACUUAGUGAAGUAGUUUUUAAUCUUACAUCCCACAAACUCCAAGUGCUUGAAGGAGAUGGGCCAGGUAAAACCUUACUGCUUUGUCCAUUGCUUCCAGUGUCAUCUUCUGUGGACCUGUUCCAUGCUGCCUGGGAAAGCAGGAUGGACACAGCACUGCCAGAACAUACUCUCCUGGAAAUAGGGGACCAAGUUCUUCCUCUCUUUCUCCACUCCCAUAUGAAUAAUUCCUAUGUACUAAAGUACAGAAAAGUAACAUAAAACAAGCAAUUUCUCUUUUUAAGGCUGCUUCAAAAAAAACAAAGGGUAAGAGAUUUGAGGGGGAGGCAGAGUGAAGGGUGACAUCCUUCUCCUUACAAAGGGUCUAAUAGCUUAAUUUGGUCAGCUGUUUGGGGGAAUCAGCUUACUGCCUGUCUGAGUUGCUGCAAAAUACCAAACAGUUCAGAGUGAUAACAAUUUCUCAGCUUUAGUUCAAGCUGCUGCUGUUGCAGUUCUGUCUGCCUUACAUUGUUGUACCCUGUUAAGCUUGAGUAUAGCUGUUCUUCAGCUACAGUAUUAAGACUUCACACUGUGGGAGUUUCUCUAAUACAUGUAUUGCAUUCUGAACAUUGUUUAGCUGUGGGAAUCUGAAUCUUGUAUUUUUCUAAACAAAUAAAUAAUCCAGUCUGCUGCAUGUGUAUGUAACUAGUAAUUAUGCUCAUCUGUGCCAAGGAGGAAACAGUAAACUUGGUAGAGAUGGCACCUGCAUUAUCUGCUCAUGGCAUCUUUCCUCCAUAGCUCAGAUGGAGUUCCCAUUAAAUUUGUGUAUCAAAGCAGUUGCACUAAAUGGAAAAGGAGAGGUCUGUCUGGGGUAGAAAUCCAGAGGGAAUUAAAUAGUUUCUCCUAGGUGUGGUGUUUGUCAAUACUACGCAACGUGGAGGAGAAAAAAGGGCAGAAAAGUGUUAGUUUUGGGGUUUUUUUGUCUAUCAGGUUAACUGUAUUGUCACUGUUUCCCUGACACCUGGAUCUCCAUCACUGGGAGUCUGCCCCAGUUCAGAUACUGGGAAGCACUAACCUUAAAUGAGAAUGGCAUGACACUGUUAGGCACAGAUUCUUGAUGGUAAUAUUCCUCACCACUUCAGGGGAAGUGGGCUCCACACCUGCUGAACCAGAAGACAUGUAAAAGUAAUCUGGAAUUUUUGGGUAAAUGGUUUGUUACUGUUCGAGUGCUUUCAUAUAUACAAUCUUUUAUGCUUUAAAAGCAUCUUAAAUGUUCUC